AGUGUAUAGCGAGUAAUCAGUGCUACAGAUACGUUGAAAGAAAUAAUAGGAAUAGGUUUACUUACAAAAACAAGUGAUAACAUAUUACUAACUACUCUACUUAAGAGACAAUUUUAACAGCUGUUAGCAGCUCCAAUAGUAACUAACAAAGAGGACGAAGAAAAAUUCCAAAAAACAAGAAACAAGAAAAAAAGUAAGACACAAUGUCUAACAAAACCUACAACGAACUACUAAUCGAGACAUCAGAACUAAUAGGAGAAGCAACACAAGCAGAUGAGGCGGUGUUCGAAGCAGGAGAGGCAGACCGAAACACCUUACUCCCACUUCUUCUAGAACUAAGAGUAAGAUACACAGUGCUACUGUCCAGGCUUGACUCGGUCUACGAUCAGCUGUUGCAGCCGCAGAAGCGAAUGAUAGUCAAAAGACUGCUGGAGUCCUGCUUGGGAAGACUGAUAGAGAUAAAACAUGAUUUGGUUGAGCUACGCGUGUCCGAUCAUACUUUUGAUGAUGAUGAGGCUUUAGUCAAGCUUCAAGUAACGCCCCACGAAGCGGAACCAUGCAUUCCUCAGUUCUUCAUUCGGGAAAGAGCUGAAGAGAUUGAAAGUCGUCGGCAGUUUGUUCUUGAUACUUUAAGGAAACUGGGUUAUGAGCCUCCGAAGCCACAGCCUUUGGUGCUCACAGAACAACAGGCUGUCAUCAUCAUACAGAGUCAUGAAAGGGCGAGACAGGGGAGACUACGGGGACAGUUUAUGAAGGAAAUCCGUUUACUGAAAGAAAAAGGUCGAGACCAGAAAGGUGAGAUGUCAGCAGCCGCGGCUACAGCUAUCCAGAAGGUGUGGAGAGGAUUCCUAGCAAGAAGACUUACAAAGAGAAGGAAACAUGAGGAACAACUGCUGAUUGGGAUGCAACUGCCACCGUAUUCAGAGUCUGAGUCGAAAAAGAAAGCUGAAGAAGUCAAAGACUAUCGUCGAACAUUACAAAUGGAGAGAGAACAAGAGUACCAGACAGCACUAGUCACUAUUGAAGAGCAACUCCGUGCUCAGCAUGGAAUGAAGAUCAACGAGCAGAUCGGAGACGAGCUGAGGAGAUGGAUCAGGGAGUACUAUGAUAGAACUGGAAGGUUCCCCGAGAUGCCUUCUGAGGAAAGCGGUGGAAGCAGAGCUAUGUAUAGCCGGACAGGAACCGGCAUGGAUAGUGAAAUCAGUAAGUCUUCUCCCGUAUCAUCUAAAGAAUCUAAGAGAAGUAAGGAGAGUAAAGAUAAGAAGAACAAUAAAACCGAAGAAAAUAAUAAAAACAAAGAAGAACCGGAAGAUCUUACCGUUUAUAAGUGUGCUCCUUCUGCGUUCUUGAAAGAUAUGGUUGGAGCUAAUGAAGAGUAUGAAGACAUUUGGAAAUUCAAAGAUGAUAUAGAUAAUCCCCAUGAAAGAUACUACAAAGAUAUGAUCGAAAGAGAGAAAAUGGUGAAAAUAGAACAAGAAAUAAGAAAUAUUGUCGACGAAAUGAUGAGAAAUGAACUGGAGUUGCUACAAGCAGCUUUUGAUAGAGACAGGGCACAGAAAGGAAAAAAGUCGAAGAAGCAACAGAAAAAGGUCCGUCGUGGAGGCAAGAAAAACAAGAAAAAGAAGGAAAAGGACUUGACACCAGAUAGAACAACCGAAUCUUUAUUUGAAGAGCUCGUUGCUAACGGGAUUAUUCGUCCAUACCCACUUGUAAACAUUGAUGAUUUUGUAGGAGAGAAGUGUUAUAUAGGAUCGGCUACAACGGAGGAUGGAGUGGAGGCUUUGCCUUGCCUAGGCGAUGUUCGGCAGUUGGUGAAGGAAUACUGCAUAUUGCCCUUGGGUUCUGAGUUUGUUAGAAAUCAUGCUCCGUUGGUGAGAUCUGUUCUUAUCACAGGAGCUGCAGCAAGUGGCAAGAAAAUGUUGGUUCACGCAAUCUGCACAGAAGUCGGGGCUAUGUUAUUCGAUCUGACUCCAGCCAACAUUGUUGGCAAAUACCCUGGAAAGUCCGGCUUGAUAAUGCUCAUACAUUUGGUGAUGAAAGUGUCAAGACUUCUCCAACCAUCUGUUAUAUGGAUGGAUGAUGCUGAGAAGCCUUUUGUGAAGAAGAUACCAAAGACAGACAAGACGGACCCGAAACGAUUGAAGAAAGAUCUAGUGAAGAUCAUUAAAGGAAUAUGUCCAGAAGACAGAGUCCUCUUCAUUGGUACGACUAGAGCUCCUUGGGAUGCUGAACAAAAGCUAUUAUUUCAGUGCUAUCAGAAAAUAAUCCCGAUACCCAGAGCUGAUUAUGGAAGCAUAUCCUUGCUGUGGAGGACAAGGCUUCAUAAGGCAGGAGCAUUGAAUCCCAGGCUGGAGAUAUCUUGUCUGUCCAGAGUAUCAGAUUCCUAUACAAUGGGAACACUCUUGGCAGCGUUAGAUGCUGUGCUCACAACAAAAAGACGUCUCCAACUGCGUGUUCGCGCAUUAACAGCCGCUGAAGUGGCCGUCAAGCUCAGUUACUGGGAACCUGUGUAUGCUGAACAAGAAGCGGCUGCUGACUCCUGGUGGUACAAGACACCGAUGGAGAAGAGAAGACAAAAGAUCAUGCAAAGAUUGGAGGAAUUGCAAGCUGAAGUAGAAAAUGGAGGCUAAAAAAAGAAGAAAUUUAAAAUUCAUUUGAAAUAAUGACCUUUUGGCGAUUUUGA